CCGCUGCGCUAUAUAUAUUCUCGGAGGAUCCUCCCAGCAUCACUCAUCACCAGGCACUCAACAACCAACCACAACAUGAAACUCUUUGUAGCCCUGUGCGCCGUACUGGCCGUAGCGAUGGCGGGAGAGGCCCGCGACAAGCGCGGCAUUUACGGCGGCGGCCACUCCGGCUAUUCCGGAAUCGGUGGCUACUCCGGCGGCUAUUCUGGCGGCUACUCUGGUGGCUACUCUGGUGGCUACUCUGGCGGCUACUCUGGCGGCUACUCUGCGCCUGCCAUCAGCCAUCGCGUUGUAGCCGUCAACAAAGUCGUGAGCGUACCCAAAGUGGUCUCCGUACCCCAGGUCGUGCACGUCCGCAAAGUGGUCUCAGUCCCCCAGGUGGUCACAGUGAAGCAAGUGGUCUCAUCCCCUAGCUAUGGAGGCGGCUUCGGAGGCGGCUACGGAGGCGGCUACGGAGGCGGCUUCGGAGGUGGCUACGGAGGUGGUUACGGAGGUGGUUACGGAGGUGGUUACGGAGGUGGCUACGGAGGCGGCCACGGCUCCAGCAGUGGCUGGUGGUGAUUUGUGAUUCGGUCUAGUCAAUUUUAACGAGAUGUUUUGUUUUGUACAGUCUAUUUUUUCAUGUAAAUAAAAUCU